GGAAUGGAGCCUUUGAGGGCCAGUGGGCACCCUGAGAUGUCAGGCUGAAGGAGAGGAUGAAACUACAAAUGCAAGAUGUGGGGGACAAAGAGAAACCUGAGAAGCUGGCCAGACAUUCAGGGCCCUCUGUCCACCUCUUUCCACCUUCUACUUUUUUUUUGCUAUCUUCGUGGUGUCCACCAUUUUCCAUUGCCACCGGCGCCUGGCUCUGGUCCCUGCUCCCUGGGCCUCCUCAGCCCUUGUGGUCCUGGCUCCCACACACCUACCCUUAGAGGGCAUGUUCACCAUCAACGCCAUCGGCCGCCUGGGCAACCAGAUGGGCCAGUACGCCACACUGUUUGCGCUGGCCAGGAUGAACGGGCGGCCUGCCUUCAUCCCUGAGUCCAUGCACAGUACGCUGGCGCCGAUCUUCAGGAUCAGUCUCCCGGUGCUGCACAGCUCCACUGACAGGCAGAUCCCGUGGCAGAACUACCAUCUCAACGACUGGAUGGAGGAGCGCUACCACCACAUCCCAGGACGGUAUGUGCGUCUCACAGGGUACCCGUGCUCCUGGACCUUCUACCAUCACCUGCGCCCGGAGAUCCUGCAGGAGUUCAGCCUACACGACCACGUGCGGGAGGAGGCCCAGGCCUUCUUGCGGGGCCUGCGGGUGAAUGGGAGCCGGCCCCGCACCUUUGUGGGCGUCCACGUGCGUCGUGGGGACUAUGUACACGUCAUGCCCAAGGUGUGGAAGGGUGUGGUGGCUGACCGGGGCUACCUGGAGCAGGCCCUGGACAGGUUCCGGGCUCGCCACCAGUCCCCAGUCUUUGUGGUCACCAGCAACGGCAUGGCCUGGUGCAGAGAGAACAUCAAUGCCUCAAAAGGGGAUGUGGCAUUUGCUGGCAAUGGUCUUCAAGGCUCACCUUCCAAAGAUUUUGCACUGCUCCUGCAGUGCAACCACAGCAUCAUCACUGUGGGUACCUUUGGAAUAUGGGCCGCCUACCUCACAGGUGGGGAGACCAUAUACCUGGCCAACUUCACCCAGUCCAACUCCCCCUUUAACAUGGUUUUUAAGCCACAGGCUGCCUUUUUGCCUGAGUGGGUGGGCAUUGCUGCCAACCUGAAACAGGGCUAACAGAGAGGCCCCUAGCCCUGUGUGUACAUGUCCCUUCCUCAUUUAUGUUCUCUUAAAAUCUCCACCCUUGCCUGCUUUUGUGUCCUUGUGAGGUGGUCUCCUGGUGAAGGCCAGGCUGGCCUCACUUUAGUAUAUAGAACACUUUUGCUCCCACCUCCCAGGUCCCCACCAACUUGAAUCCCCAUUUCUUGCCCUUGUCUGCCUGCAGGACUGCAUGCCUUUUCCUUUACAGUCAAGAGUAUGUCUGCCCAGAGCCCUUUCUGACCUCAUUGUCGUCUGUGAAGUUUUUGCUAUGGUAUCUGGGGACAAAGAUGGGGGCUGUCUGCCUGCCCUCUUCUAUAGCAUGACAGUCACCUUAAAGUAAUAGUCAUU